AUGAACAACGACGGGUUCGAGGGCCUGCAUGACCCCGGAGGGGAACUAUCGCCCGCGGAAGCAGCACUGUCCAUCAUCCUCCUGGUCUUGGUCGCGUUGGUGUUCGCCUACCACUACUUCCUCGCCUGGAAGUUCUUGCCCGGGGGGUGGCUGGGGUGGGGGAUGGUCUCAGGGCAGGUUGCGGAGCCCCCUCCGCCUUCUCGAGCAGAAAACCGAUACCUGCAGUACAUGGCAUCGAUCACCGUGAUCAUGGUGUACAUUGUUCUCUUCUCGGCGUUCGCUUACAGCAGGGGGGACGAGUGGGACUACCACUACGUCCUCCUGGCGUGGCUCAUGUCCCUGAUCGCCGCCUUCGACGACUACAUCAGCGUGGCGUGGCUGGGGAUAACGACCGGCGUGUUCCUGCAGGGGGUCGGGGCGUACUCUUUUCGGGUGUUGUUGCAAGGCUACGACGACUAGAGAGAAGACAGGCACGCCUAACACGGGUGUCGUUUGGUGUUUGCUUUUGGCUGGCAACAACUUCUGCGCGCAAGUUUCUGCAAUGCGCACGCCUAAGUAACUGCACUGGCUGGUAC